AUGGAGGGGACGACCACGGCCGCUGAGGCCUACCAGUACGUCGGGCCAUAUAGAUUGGAGAAAACGCUUGGAAAAGGACAAACGGGUCUCGUAAAACUCGGCGUGCACUGCGUGACUGGUAAAAAGGUGGCCAUCAAAAUUAUCAAUCGAGAAAAACUUAGUGAAUCUGUACUUAUGAAGGUGGAACGAGAAAUAGCUAUUAUGAAACUUAUUGAACAUCCGCAUGUACUCGGUCUAUCAGACGUCUAUGAAAAUAAGAAAUAUUUAUAUCUAGUGUUGGAGCAUGUCAGCGGAGGAGAACUCUUCGACUACUUAGUGAAGAAAGGCAGACUUACGCCGAAAGAGGCCAGGCGGUUCUUUCGACAAAUAAUAUCAGCGCUAGAUUUUUGUCACAGUCAUUCUAUAUGUCAUCGUGAUCUCAAACCAGAAAACUUAUUAUUAGAUGAGCGGAAUAAUAUUAAAAUAGCCGAUUUCGGCAUGGCUUCCUUACAACCCGCUGGAUCACUACUGGAGACCUCGUGUGGGAGUCCACACUACGCCUGCCCUGAAGUUAUAAGGGGAGAAAAAUACGAUGGAAGGCGUGCAGAUGUGUGGUCCUGUGGUGUUAUUCUAUACGCGCUGCUGGUCGGCGCUUUACCGUUCGAUGACGAUAACUUACGACAGUUACUGGAAAAGGUGAAAAGGGGAGUAUUUCAUGUGCCACAUUUUGUACCGCCCGACUGUCAGCAGCUGUUGAGGGGGAUGAUAGAAGUCAACCCUGAAAAAAGAAUGACGUUAGCAGACAUAACCCGUCAUCCGUGGGUAACAGCUGGAGGCAGAGGGGAAUUAGAACAGGAAUUACCUAUGAUGGAGGUCGUCCAAACCAGAGUUCUACCUUCCGCUGAAGCAAUUGACCCUGAUGUUCUGCAAGCUAUAUGCAGUCUCGGCUGCUUCAAACAUAGGGACAAACUUAUACAGGACCUUCUAAGUCCACAUCACAACACCGAGAAGGUCAUAUACUUCCUGCUACUGGAACGUAAGCGCCGCCGCCCCGCUAGAGACGACGAGCCGCGCCCGCCCUCCGCCCUCCCCGCCGCGCCGUCGGACCCCCCUCGCAAGAGACUCGACACUUGCCGGGUGAAUGGUCAAUCGGCGCAUUUCGGACAAAUUAGCGAAGGUUCGCCGAUAACUCCCAGACGGUCACAGUUUAGGUCUUCAUCAAGUCGUCGAAGUGAAGGUCGCAGUUCACCACAAUUAUCUGCCAGUCCUCCGGGUCACACGCCCCAUCGUGUGUCUUCACUAGGUGGUACCCCGGCGACGCCUGGAUCGCCUUUAGCGUCGCCGUCUGUACGUGAACAUCACCAUCAGAGAGCAAACUCCACCGGACCGACUAUUAGUCUAAAUAUAAGUGGAGAGCCAGGUGAAGCGGUUAUAAUAAUAAACGAGUCGCCGAUGAUGACCCCAUCAGUGGCUGUGAGACCCCAUAGCCCUUCGCAAUCACAUAGAGUGCGAGAAAGGUCAUCCCUUCCCGGGCCAGGUUCUACUCAAACUCCACCUCAGACGUCUCUAUUUCCUAACUUAGCUAAUAUACCCGGUAUCCCCCCAGCGAGCCCGGGCGCGGCGGCCCCCUGGCGCGCGCGCCUGGCCACCAUCAAGAACUCCUUCCUGGGCUCGCCGCGCUUCCACCGCAGGAAAAUGCAGGCGUCUUCCGAAGAAGUACACCUAACUCCCGAAUCGUCCCCGGAACUAACGAAGCGUUCCUGGUUCGGUUCUCUUUUACUAUCAGCGGAUAAAGAGGAAACCUUCACCGCUCUCGUCAAGGGAAAGCCUUUAGCGACGGUCAAAGCGGAUUUGAUACACGCUUUCUUGAGUAUAGCCGAGCUAUCCCACAGCGUGUUGAGUCCUAUGUCUUUUCGAGUGGAGUACAAGAGAGGUUCAAACGCGCCUGCCAUGUUCCAGAGACACGUCCGCUUUCAGGUCGAUAUAUCGACAAUAACGAAAGCGCCGGGUGAAAACGGGAAGGAAUACUUGUAUGCUAUCACCUUUACGCUGUUAUCGGGCAACAUCCGGCGCUUCCGGCGCGUGUGCGAGGUGGUGCAGGCGGCGGUGUGCCGCGCGCCCGGCGCCGCCCGCCUCGCGCCGCCGCACCCGCCCGACGCGCGGCCCUCCCGCCGCGCCCUGCCCGCGCACGCGGCUUCGGAAAUUCCGGAUAGUCCAGAAACGCCCCACCAGCAGUCCGACCACGAUAGCGACUCGUCUGUCUUUGACACAGUCAAGAGCCCCACCAGUCAUACGUCUAUAGACCAAUUAGACCAGAACGGAACCCAUCCUCUCGGAUCUAGUUCGUCAGUCACGAGCGGUUCCAGUGGAUACAAACAAACCGUGCGGCGCCGCGCCGCCGAGCCGGCCUCCGCCUCCCUCGACCACGAGAUCAUGAGCUGCGGCCGCGACCUGCCGGGUACUCACACGAAACGCUCAUCGUCCGAAUGUCGGGACACAACCUCCUCGCCCCGCCGAGGACUCGAGUCCCGAGAAAGUUCGAUCAAAGACGAACUACGAAGGAACAACUCGCUCAGGGAAUCCCGCCGGGACUUUUCCCGGGAUCCCCCCACAACUUCCAUCGCGUGAUUUCAAUUCGGGUGGGUUAAAGCGUCUUUGUAAUGUUAAAGGUUGUCCGGGACUGAAUCUGUGUAAUUUUCUUUAAAUCUAAAUUCGUUUAAAUUAAUUAAUUCGUCUUAAUAUUAAAACUAUAUAAUUUUAUGC